AUGUCAUUCGGAGCACGGUCUUUAGGGGCUUUUGGAACGGCUUCUUUGGGAAACACCACGAGUGGGGGAACAGGAACGUCUGCCGGCACGUUGCAGGACCUCCAGAACGACAUUGUUGUGCCCAAUGGGCCGGAGGACUCGAUUUCUGAUCUUGCCUUUUCCCCCACUGCGGAGUUUUUGGCCAUUAGUUCGUGGGACCGCAAGAACCGGAUCUACGAGAUUAACACGAACACGGGCCAGGUGGAGGGCCGUGCGUUGUACGAGCACGAGGGCCCGAUUUUGAGUACGCGGUUCUCUCUGGAUGGGGCUCGUGUAAUUAGUGGAGGAGCAGACAAACAGGUGAGGCUAUUUGACCUUGCUUCGCAACAGCAGCAGACGAUUGGUGUGCACAACGACACGGUGCGGGUGGUGCGGUACGUGGAGUGCGGGCCGACCAACACGCAGUGCGUGGUGAGUGGUUCGUGGGACAAGACGCUCAAGUACUGGGACAUGAGACAGCAGCAGCCGAUUUGCACGCUCAACAUGCCGGAACGUGUGUAUGCGAUGGACGCGUCGCAGAAGUUGCUUGUUGUUGCCACUGCCGAGCGCCACAUUGUGACGAUCGACCUGAACAACCCAGACAAGAUUUUUAGACAGAGCAUGUCGCCGCUCAAGUACCAAACACGGUCGAUCGCAUGCUAUCCGAAAGGAGACGGGUUUGCUGUUGGGUCGAUUGAGGGCCGGUGCGGAAUCCAGUACGUUGACGAGAUGCAGCAAAAGGAGCUUGGGUUUUCGUUCAAGUGUCAGCGGGACCAGAAAACUGCCACCAAGGAGAUCAUGAUCUACUCGCUGAACUCGAUCGCGUUCCACCCGGUUCACGGCACGUUUGCCACGGCAGGCUCGGACGGAACGUUCAAUUUCUGGGACAAGGACGCACGGCACCGUUUGAAGGGGUAUCCUUCGCUCAACUCGACGAUUCCAGCGAUCGCGUUCAACCGCACAGGAACCAUAUUUGCGUACGCGUUGAGCUACGACUGGAGCAAGGGCCACGAGUUCAACCGGCCAGACUACCCGAACGUUGUGAGACUGCACCCGUGCAAGGAGGAGGAGGUGAAACAGAGACCGAAAAGAAAGUAA